GAACAAUUAGACAUGUACAUCUACAUGCUCUCUCUCUAGAAGGAAGAGAGCAAAUUAUUUGAACUACCCUGGGAAAUUGAAAUUUUACGACCGAUCCACGCAGCAAGAAAACAAAACAAGAAAAUCAUGGAGAAACUUCCGCCAGCGAUGCGGGAGAAGCUGGGUCCGCUCUACGAGUGGGGAUCUUCAACAGCUUCAACGAUGGACAAAAAAGUAAAAGAGAGGCCCGUCGAAGCUGCAGCGGCCGCCUGCGCUGUCGGUGGUGUGCUUGCCGGAUACUUGAUAGGUUCCAACAAUCAUUUAGGCCAGUAUUUGGUUCCAGUUCCUUGCCAUAAUGUCGAAGACAAUAUCGAAAAAUGAAAUAAUAAAGUUGCAUAAAAUAGGUUAAGGUUUUGAUUUUGAUGUUCAUCCUAUUGCGAAGAUGUUGAUUGAAGCAGAAUAUCUUACUACCAAUAUUUCCUAGGCCGCGUUCUUACGAGGAGAGACGGAACGACGACAGGUGGAACAGCAGGUGUUGUCAGUGUAAUUACGACUAGAAUUUAUUAUAGGCAACAUCUGGCACACCCUCUUUUUCUUCUUUUAUUCUUAUCUCAGUAACUAAAUGAAAACAGUAAUCACACAAGAACAUAACUCAACUUUCCUGAGUCAGUUAAUGUUUACUAAGUUGCCUCAAGUAGAACAAAACUGCCAUUGAAGGCAAAAGAGACUCAAAGUCAAGAUCGUCAACAUAAAAGAGGAUCCAUGACAUGACAUGACAUGGAGCCUCUGAAUGAAGUAGUUUAGUGACGAGUUUGUCAUUACCGAAAGUCUACUCGUCGUCCAGUAGGCAGCGGCUCAGACGACAUUCAACAACAUUCAUGGCCACGACUGUCACUAUUCAUUGCCACGACUGCCACUAUCUCUAUUCUAAUAUACAGAAGAAUCUCGCAGGGGAUCAACAGGGAGGUAAAAAGAUGCCGAAGCUGACUAGGAUCUACUUUCUUCGAUUAAGGCCAUGACGAUGAACAACCCAUCCCUUUGCCGAUGAUCUUCGAUUAAGCGGUAACAAGAGAUAGUGAUUUUUACUAAGCUUGAGUUACUGUGACAUUGACACCCUGUCCCCGUCCUCUACUACAGUAUCUCAUCUAAUUUCUCACGGAGAAAGCACGAACAAUGUGCGGUCCGACGAAGCUCUUCGAGAGCCCGAUCCUGGUCUCACGUCCUUGGGAACCCAACAAGCAGCUAACAUAGGGAAUUAUCUGUACUUCUUAUUUGUGACUGUGGUGUUAUGUCCGGUUCUCUAUCUCAAUCUCAAUAUAUUAUGAGCUUUUUCUAUCUCUAUCUCAAUGCACCCAGCACGCACCGCACUAGUUGCAAUUCUGUUUCAUCUGGAUACUGUCCGUCUUGUGCUGCUCAUGUUAUUGCUAGGCACCUCAUCAUGCUAAGCACAUUCAUUCAUUCAUCUCCUUCACCUUCUUCAUCUCCUUCAUCUCCUUCCGCAACCCUUACUUCGUUUAGGUCAAAAUUGGCGUCAUACUAUAAUUUCAAGCAAGUUUUUAUUUCCCCCAUGAAGAAAACCCUGGCCACCGCAACCCCAUUGACGACGAAUCUGAAGAGCACACCAUCAACGAUGGGCAUCCAUUGUGAGGUAUUAAGGCUGUACCUAAUACAUCUUUUUCUUUGGACGCAUCCUUGAAACGUAUGCUGGAGGAGUAUCCUAAGGGAAUGCUCCCCCAUACCUUGUUUCAAGGAUGCUCUUAGACAACAAACACAAGCACAAUCAACGACUUACAAAGCGUGAUAUGCUCCUUCAUCUAGAAGUACCACUUGAUCAUUCCUUCCAACCUGAUCUUGACUUGCUUCCACCACCAAAACGUGUUGAACUACCACGACCAACACCACGACUUGCUUGCUUCGCCAGGUUCACCCCUUGAUUUACGAGUACGGAGGAUUAUUCGACGAAAAAUACGGCACGUCGAAGGGUAUGAGUCGGACGGACAUGAAAACAAUGGCUCCGGACGUAACUGUACCGCAAGAAGACGAGUCAAGACUCUCACAACAAUUGUACUGAUACUGCAGGACGAGGAGCUGGAUGACUUACAAUUUCAAUAAUUAUAGGAUACCAUAGUAAGAAGAAGUUUUUGUGACAAUUCUUUUUUUUCAAAAUUUUGUCGUCCUCGUGAUAGCAAUACUAGGUCGACGUCUCAAUCUCUACUGUUGUAGAUCCUACCUGCUCUUCUUUGUCUCAACUGCAGCAAAUUUCCGGAAGACGGGGACUCUGGUUGGUACGAGCGAGAAAGCAAGGAAACUAACGAGGCAUACGUCGAACGCGUAAAAGAUGUUGCAGAGUGGCUGUGGACGCUAGAAGAGGCGUCUUUGGUACAACUACUAUUUUUAGCAUUAUGAAUGAGAAUGUAGUUUACUAGGUUGAUGGGAACCUAACAAGUAAGAUGUUUCUUGUAGUGGUCGUAUGGUGGACGAGUACAUGAGUCGAAUAGGAUUGGAUAAACUAGUAGACUGUAUGUUCAUCUUUUUCUUGAAGCACUACAUCAAGAACUAGAGCGACCACCAUGAUUGAAUAUGAAUAUGAUCUUCAUCUCCUCCAAUGUCGAUCUAUCAUGGGCCACAGCUCGUAACGCAUGGGAAGUUUUUGGAUACGUUGUUGAAGAUUUUGCUCGGCGUGCCCUGUCCUCUGGAGGGCAAGGAGCAGUCGACGCCGUGCAUCUUUCUGCAUGGUGGAUGCGCUUUUUCCUGUGUCGAACUCGAUCAUGUUAAGGCUCCUUUGUUCGGAAUUACAUUUGAUACUGUGAUCGGCUCAAGGCUGCGGCUGCGGGUGUAAUUGAACACAACAGAGAGACCCAGCCGCGUUUUUCCCUAGCAAGGUUCCAUCAUCAACAGCCAUCUAGUCGGCAGGGUAGCCGCAAUCACCAAGCAGUAGGUUUUUUUUAGUCUAUUGCCCUCCGGCUGGGUCUAUAAUUUGGGCAUGAUUUACGCCAACAUCUAGUCCGAAUCAUCAUGAGCAUGCGUGCCCUGCAUGGUGGAUGCGCUUUUGCCUGUGUAAGGCUUUGUUCGGAAUUACAUGAUACAGCCCGUAACCUCCUCUAACUAUGAGACCGGAAAAGUAGGCGUCAUGUACCUGAAUCAGCCCAUCGUCUCCGAGUCACGGCUUCGGACGGGUCACAAGAUCGCGGGUUUUAGCCUCAAACAGUGGUGAGUGCUGUCUGCGUAGUAGUCUCACGAAGGAGCAUGUCCGAUUGUCAAUAUUGUUAUUUAUAAGCAAGACAGAUAAAUUCAUCUUCUUGAAUUCAAUGUUGUUUGGAGCACGAGCAUCAUGAUACCUCUGUAUUAACAUUCAACAAAAAUGAAACCAAAGUCGUGCUUUACCAUCUUCAUAUCUUCAGGAAGAAAUUGCACUAUGUACUCAUAUAUAAGCAUCCUCAACAACAUUGAAGUUGUCCUCUAUUGAUUCUUCUUGUAAUUAUCCCAUUGUGGUGCUUCAAUCAAGAUUCUUGCAGCAGUAUGUCAUACGAGAUGAUAAGUUCUUGUUCAAGCAUAUAUCUUUGAUCCAACGAAGAAGCAGCACUAGCAGUUAUCGUCCAGCCGCACGAAGGAGCUGCCAGCGAAGAAGCAGUACUAGCAGUUUACACAGAGACGCUAGCACUUACUAUAAGGAUAAGUUGACUGAAGAUAAUCUUACUGCUAUGUCCCUCGCCCCAGCAACACGAGAACACUAUAAAAAGUUUCCGCGCUGCUAUUUUUCCUCGAUAAUAUGUGCAUAUACUUGUGCAUAGGUAAUCCAGUUGGCUUAAGUCUACAACUACAUUUUCAGAAAUGAUAGCAUAGUCCUAGUACAAGCAAAAACAAACUGAAAGAGAAAGACAUUGUCAUUAUAAUGAGGGUCGCCAGGAACACUCUCUAUGAAGAGCAGCCGAAGCCCAGAAAAUGCGCUCUAGCUCUACGUCAACUCGUACUCCGCGUCUAAGCAAUACUUUUCCAACCGCGAUCACAGCUACUACACGGUGAACGAAAAUGACUUUAAUGCAAGAACUACUACGUGUUCUACUUCCAAUGCAGCGUGGUAAUAAGGAAAACAAACGAAGCAAGCUCAGCAAGGGACGAUGACCGUGGUAAGGUUUCUGUUCGUUUCGAAAUUUUUGGGCCCCCUUCUAUCCGUAGCGCAUGGC